CGGCGACUUGUGUCUCCUUCCUCGCCUCAUCGUCGUCUCUCGCGUCGACGGAUGGAUGCUGCUUUCCUCAGCUUGCCUGAUUUGAGCCAUCGGUUCUGUGAAUCGCCUUCGACGAGCAGCCAGCUGCGACGCCUCUCUGCACUGACGGGCCUCAUGAGCUCGAGGGGCGCACCGACAGUGCGCAUCGACGACGUCAUGCGUGCGAGAGGCGAGGCGACGGACCCUGGGGUCUUGGAGACCCUGGUCGCCCUGCGCCUCGCCCGUGUGUCCCGUGGGCGGCUAGUGUGUGGCCCAUGCGCGCUUGGCUCAAGGUCUCUUCUACGACGGAUCAGUUGAGGCAAUGUGCCUUGAGAGAGGCCAGUCAGGUGCAACGCUGGCCAACCCACCCAGCCAGCCCUCUUGCCUUUCUGACCAUCGUACCAUUCCCACUUAUCCUCAUUCUACUGUCCCCAACGCUACUCGCUCACCAUGAACCAGUACUUUGAGAACUUCGCUUACGAGCUCACCAAGCCCAGCAAGCACCACGAUGGUCCCAUCACCAUCCCGGAGCCUGUUGACCCGGACCUCCACCACCCUGAGAAGAUUACCAAGAUGGGCAAGACUGUUCUCUGGGUCGUCGCCGGCAUCAUGACCCUCGGCUUCAUCACCUUUGUUGCUCACUCGCAGCGCAUCGCCUACCGAUUCAGGACCAUUCCUGUCAUCACGGCCAUGAUCAACGUUACCGCUGCCAUCUCUUACCUCGCUAUGGCUACUGGUCUCGGCGGCGCCCUCACCAACGAGCGUCACGACUCGCGUUACUCGGCCAAGCGUGAGGUCCUCGUACCCCGCUACAUCGACUGGCUCAUCACCACCCCGCUCCUGAUCCUCGACAUUACCCUCCUGGCCGGUAUGCCCCUCGGCGAGAUCCUCAUUGCCAUCUUUGCCGACGUCACCAUGAUCAUCACUGGUCUCAUCGCCGGUCUCCACCCGGACGUUCGUGCCCGCUGGAUCUUCUUUGCCAUCUCCGUCGCGUCGAUGUUCUACGUCUUCUACACCCUCGUCGGGUCGGGACGCAGCUACAGCUACCUCCGCUCGCAGAAGGUCGGCAGCCUCUACAACCAGGUCUCGCUUGCUCUCCUCGUCGUUUGGUCCCUCUACGCCGUCACCUUCGUCCUUGGUGAGGGUGCUGGCUACGUCUCGGCCGACACCGAGGUUCUCCUCUUCGCUGUCCUCGACGUCAUUGCCAAGCCUCUGUGGGGAGCCGUCGUCGUCUUUGCCGUCCCCGAGGAGGGCCACGUCCUCCUCCCCGAGUCCCUUGCCAGCCCCCUCGGCGGUGGCUACACUGCUCUCUCGCAGGGCGACGAGCGUCGUGAGGACGCCUAAGCGCGAGCGAGCCCACGCGCCUCGUCCGCGAUACAAAAGAAGACAAAGUCGUCGACACGCUCUGGUGUUGGCUGCGCCUCUCCUCACCACUCCUACCCCUGGCUCAUGUCUGAGCUAGCACUCCCUCUCUCCUUCUUGCUCCCAACACCUGCUUGCCUCUCAUCCAUCUUUCCUACUUUUAUGCACCACCAUGAAAGCUCGCACUCGCACACCCGUACCCUUUUCUUCAUCUCCAAUCAAUCAGCCGCUUUACCUUACUCUGC